CAACAAAACAAAUUGAAGACUCGACACACAGGCCAUUCCGUCAGUGAUCAUCGGACAGCGAAGAAGGAAUGGGAAGCUUAGGGAGAGCAGUGUAUACCGUUGGAUUCUGGAUUCGUGAGACAGGCCAAGCUCUAGAUCGCCUUGGUUGCCGCCUUCAAGGCAGCUACUACUUCCAAGAACAACUGUCUACGCAUCGGACUCUUAUGAAUGUAUUUGAUAAAGCUCCGGUGGUUGAUAAGGAUGCAUUUGUAGCUCCAAGUGCUUCUAUCAUUGGGGAUGUUCAAGUGGGACGAGGAUCAUCUAUUUGGUAUGGAUGUGUUCUGAGAGGUGACGUAAACAGCAUCAGUGUUGGGUCUGGAACUAAUAUACAGGACAACUCCCUUGUGCAUGUGGCAAAAUCGAAUCUAAGUGGGAAGGUGCUACCGACAAUUAUUGGGGAUAAUGUUACUGUAGGUCACAGUGCCAUCCUACAUGGUUGCACAGUUGAGGAUGAAGCCUUUGUUGGUAUGGGAGCUACUCUGCUUGAUGGUGUGGUUGUAGAGAAACAUGCCAUGGUUGCUGCAGGAGCACUUGUGAGACAAAACAUGAGAAUCCCCUCCGGAGAGGUGUGGGGAGGUAAUCCAGCCAAGUUCCUCAGGAAGCUCACUGACGCAGAGACAGCAUUUAUAUGCCAAUCAGCCACCAAUUACUUAAACCUGGCACAGGUCCAUGCUGCUGAAAAUGCGAAGUCCUUUGAUGAGAUUGAGUUCGAGAAGGUUCUCCGCAAGAAGUUUGCCCGACGGGAUGAGGAUUAUGAUUCCAUGCUGGGUGUUGUCCGUGAAACACCCCCGGAACUUAUUCUUCCAGAUAACAUUCUACCGGAUAAAGCACCGAAGGGUUCUCAACAAUGAGAUAUUCAGGAAGUAGGUUUUGCUUUCUUUUUCAUUCUUGAGAUUUGAUGUCAGGAAGUAUCUGUACUGUGGAGAUUGAUUCAUCUCUUUCUAAAAUAAUACCGGAUUGGCUUUAGAGUAGCAGCAAUGAAUCACGGGACACUUUGGGCUCUGGCUCUACUACCUGGUUUUCCAGAUACUCUAGUUUCCUGCUUAGAACAAACUCAUGAUGCGAAGCAAUAUGUAUGGCAAUGUAUUACCUUCUUUGUAAUUAGCAUACUCGUUUCUUAAUGAAUUGUAUGUUUCUUGGGAG